AUGGCUUUAGCUCGCCUUCAUGAACAAAAAAAUAAUGAUAUGAAGAGAUCUUGGAAACCCACAGUGGCAAGAAACUUCACUGGGCCUGGGUUAUUGCCUACACCACCUACACAAGCCCUCAAACCUCCAUUUUCUCCAUCAACAACUAUACUUCCAAUUAAGAAACUUACUCCUAUGGAAUUGAAGGCUAGGAGAGAGAAAGGGUUAUGUUAUAACUGUGAUGAGCAGUAUACUCCUGGUCACAAGUGCAAAAGUAGGUUCUUGCUUUUAAUGGUGGAUGAUGAAAGUAAAGAAGAUGAGGAGAAUCAAAUUGAAGGAGAACCAACCUUGGAUUCUGUUGAAGAGGGGCUACCAGAAAUCAGCUUACAUGCUCUGGCAGGACCACUUAGCCCAAGUACAAUCAGAUUAACAGGUACUUGCAACAAACUUCAUGUUCAUGUUCUUAUCGAUAGUGGGAGUACCCACAAUUUUGUUCAAGAGAAAGUAGCCAAUAUGCUAUCAUGGCCAGUUUUCCCUUCAAAGCCUUUUAAAGUAUUUGUUGGCAAUGGAGAAUAUCUCUCUUGUACCAAGAAAUGUGUUGGGAUGACCUUAGAAUUACAGGGGCAUACAUUUACUAUGGAUCUGUUUGUACUGCCAAUACAAGGGGUUGAUAUAGUAUUGGGAAUUCGAUGGUUGUCCCUUUUGGGACCUAUAGUCAUGGACUACCAGAAGCUAACAAUGGACUUCACCUGGAAAAGUUCCCCAGUACAUUUCCAAGGUGAACCUCAAUUCAGGUUAGAUCCUAUCUCAGCCAAGCAUGUUAAAAAAUUGGCUGCAACUCACUCCAUAGCUUCAUAUUUCCAUCUCAAGGGAUAUCAGUUUUCUAGUAUCGAAACUGAAACUACCAAGCAAACUCCUGAGAUUCAGAGCAUCUUAGAAAAAUUUUCUGAGGUAUUUGAAGAACCCAAGAGGCUGCCUCCUUCAAGAACAAAUGACCAUCAGAUACACCUUAUUCCAGGAGCUACACCAGUUAAUGUAAGGCCAUACAGGUACCCCCAAUUUCAGAAAACUGAAAUAGAACGGGACAGAUUUCCUAUUCCAACGGUGGAGGAGUUGUUGGAUGAGCUUCAUGGUGCUUGUUUCUUUUCGAAGCUGGAUCUUAGGAGUGGUUACCACCAAAUUAGAAUGCAAGAUAGUGACAUUUACAAAACAGCAUUUCGCACACAUCAGGGACAUUAUGAAUUUGUAGUGAUGCCUUUUGGCCUUACAAAUGCACCUUCCACUUUUCAAUCCAUUAUGAACCAGCUUUUCCAACCAUUUAUGAGAAAAUUUGUUACGGUGUUUUUUGAUGAUAUUCUGGUAUAUAGUAAAACUCUACUUGAACAUGUGUAUCACCUGGAGCUGGUCCUUGGUUGUCUCAAGACAAAUCACCUAUAUGCAAAGCUAAGCAAGUGUAGUUUCUGUCAGGCAUCCAUAUCCUACCUCGGCCAUAUUGUUUCUGCAGCUGGUGUUAGUCCUGAUCCUGAAAAAAUUUCAGCAAUGCAAGAUUGGCCACAGCCACGCACUAUUAAGCAUCUACGAGGAUUUUUAGGUUUGACCGGGUAUUAUCGGAAAUUUGUCCAUCACUAUGCGAGCAUAGCUUUCCCUCUUACAAAUCUCCUCAAGAAGGAAGCUUUCCAUUGGAAUGAAUCUGCCCAAAAAGCAUUUGAUAGAUUAAAGGAAGCAAUGAUUCAAGUGCCGGUCUUAUCUCUUCCAAACUUUGACAAGGAUUUUGAACUAGAAACUGACGCAUCCAAUGUGGGCAUAGGCGCUGUGUUGAUGCAAGAAGGACAUCCAUUAGCUUUCUAUAGUAAGAAGCUAUCUCACAAAAUGGCAACAACAUCAACAUAUGUCAAGGAAUUAUAUGCUAUAUCUCAAGCAGUGCAAAAGUGGAGGCAAUAUUUACUUGGGAGACAAUUUAUCAUUAAAACUGAUCAUCGAAGCCUCAAGAAUUUAAUGACUCAAGUCAUUCAGACACUUGAACAGCAACAAUACCUCAGUAAGCUCUUGGGAUUUGUUUAUACAAUUGUCUACAAACCUGGAAAGGAAAAUGAAGCUGCGGAUGCUUUAUCCAGAUUACCAGAAACUGACCUAUCCGAGUCUGCACUACAAUCUUACACUGAACCGGUCUUUAAUAUCCUACCACAAUUGAAGGUGGAAAAUGAAAUUGAUCCGGAGUUGAUGGCAAUUCAUAAGGCGUUACGGGAAGGCACUAAUAUUGAUUCCCAUUACUCUAUUAAGGAUGGAUUACUAUUUUACAAAGGCAAAAUCAGAAUCAGUUCUCAAUCUCAGUUGCGGGACUCUAUCAUCAAUGAAUUUCAUUCUUCCCCAUUAGGUGGACAUGCUGGAAUCCUACGAACUUAUAUCAGAAUUUCCUCUCAAUUUCAUUAG